GAGAAUUUGGCAGUUUUGACAAGUUAUCGGAGCGGGCAAUACAAGGUAUUAAUAGCCAUAAUAAACGUGAAAAAAUGGAAGAGGAUAAAAAAAUAAAAAUUUGUAUUGUGGGUUUUGAAUUGAAAGAGAAUGCUGAAGUUAAAGAAGCCCUACAGCAUUUUGCUUUUCCUGUUGUCUUCAGUGAAAAUGGAACAGAGUUUAUAAAUGAUAACCAGUUUAAAAUGAUAUUUGUACUUAAUGAAUUUGAAGGUGAAGUUUACGAUCAUCUGCAUAAUGCUGGUUGUACAAUUCUUGGUCCGACUAUAAUAAUUCAGUCGGCAAAGAACAAUUUGGCAUUUCCAAGAAAUAGCCGUCCACUUUAUACAAAUUUGAUGAAAGACUGUGUGAUCUGUUUCAGUGGAUUUCGUUCUAAAACAGUUAUGAAUAAAAUGGCUACUUUAGUUCAUCACAUGGGAGGCUGCGUAAAAAAAGAAUUUAGUUCUAAGAUAACUCAUGUUAUUGCUAAUUCAACACUUGGAGAAAAAUAUGGGUAUGCCGUUAGUCUUGGCACACCAAUAAUGAAAGAACAAUGGAUAUAUGAAAUGUGGUCACGGAGAAGAGAUUUAAGUAAUUUUAUAAAUGAUGAGAACUUGAUGAAAUUAAAAUUGCAGCCAUUCUGUGGAUGUAAUAUAACGUUUUUGGGAUUUAAGAAUGAUGAGAAACUUCAUAUGGAAGAACUUGCUGUUCAGAAUGGUGGAAAAGUACAUGAAACAAUUGAUCAUUCUUGCACACAUCUAGUUUUAGAAGAGCGCACAGAAAUUCCCGAAAGUAUAUCUAACUGUUUGAAUCAUAAAACCCAUUUAGUAACUUCUGAGUGGUUUUGGGCCAGUAUACAAAUGGAUGCUUGUGCCGAUGAAGUAAUUUAUAAUUUUAAACAGGAAGAACAGGCAGCUCAUCACAUGCCAUCUCCAGCAAUAUCACAUUACCCUAAAAGAAAGAAACUUGGAGAUGCUACUUAUCUGUUAUCAUUGGAUAAAGAAAAUUCACUGCAGCCGUCCAAAUUACAAAAUGCCGAUGGAAAUAAUUCCACAAUUAAUUCGUCGACAUUUGAUGGUAUAUAUUCGCCGGACGUUUCAUUUUCAAUAGGUUCUCCUCUAGAAAGUUCUCAUUUAAGUCCAUUAAAGCCCAUUGCAGAUUAUAAACUUAUGACACCCAGGCAGCAAGUUUGUACAGAAUUAUUGCAGACCGAAACUAAUUAUGUUGGUAUUCUGAAAACUAUUGUUACGAUGUUUAAAGAACCUCUCGAACAACCCGAUCAAGUAGGAGGAGCAUUACUAGACGGAACCGAAUUGAAAAUAAUAUUCGGAAACAUUCCACCUUUGUACGAAGUACAUACCAAAUUGCGCGAAGAUUUAUAUAUUUUAUUACAAAAUUGGAAAGAAGAUAAAAGUGUUGGAAAUAUUAUUCUCAAAUACUCUCAAGACUUUUUAAAAGCUUAUCCACCAUUUGUGAAUUAUUUUGAAAAAACUAAGGAAGUGUUAAUCCAUUGUGAUCAAACUAAACCGAGAUUUCACGCAUUUUUAAAAAGAUGUCAGAGUAAACCCGAAUGUGGAAGACAGUCUUUAGACGAGUUAAUGAUUCGCCCAGUUCAAAGAUUACCCAGUAUGAUAUUAUUGUUAAAUGAUAUUUUGAAACACACCCAAAAAAGCAAUCCAGAUCACGCUGCUUUACAGAAAGCAAUUUUGUCUUUGAAAGAAGUUACAAAUCAUAUUAAUGAGAAUAAACGAAAAACCGAAAGUCAAGUCGUGAUGUUCGACAUAGUCAACGACAUUGAAAAUUGUCCUGCUCAUUUGUUAUCUUCACAUCGUAGUUUUAUCGUGGAAAUAGAAGUGCAAGAAAUGGAAGAUAACUUUAAUGACAAGGGUGACAUGAUUACCAUGUUCCUAUUUACAGAUAUGCUGGAGGUAAGAAUUUUAUUUAUU